AUGUUGGAAUCAAAAGAAAUUCUUCUUUUAUUUAUUAUCACUUUCCUUGGUAUAGCAACAGGAGAAGAGUGUUCGAAAACAAAAUAUACUGUGUCGAAAUGUUAUAAUGUUCAAGAAUAUCAAUGGUUGAUUGAAAUACCCACUACUCAACAAUCUUGUAAAGGAAAAUUAGUGGCUCAACCUAAAUCAAUUCCAUGCAAUUUCGCCUGUCCAAAAGGACAAACAUUUGAUAGAGAUGAUCUUGGUUGUAACAAUUGUACUGCUGGCACAUUCUCACUUGGUGGUGGUCAUCAAUAUACAUUUAAUGAAUUUGAACCUAAAUCAAUACCACCAGAACUUAGCCUCAAAGGAACAUCAUUGUUUUCCUUAUACCAUGAUGAUUGUAAAAAAAAAGAACUUUGGAAAGUGAAAGGAAAUGUACUACUAGGUGAUGCACAACCUAAUUGUGCGAUUUAUCUCUCACUUCAAUUUAAACUUGAACGAGCUGGAUCAAUCAAUCUAACAUAUAAUUUACCCACAUCAUAUGUUUUUGGAACCGUUUCAUCACGAUGUGAUUUUAGUAUUGCAGAUGAUGAUGAUGGCGAUGAUGAUAGUGAUAAUGAAAGGGAUGCAAGAAAACGUUCUAUUUUUACUCUAUCACCAACAGGUUAUGGUGUUUGGAAGGAUAAAAAGAUUACUAUUAAUGAGCCAGGAGAGUAUAUACUUUCAUUGUAUACUAUUAGUCUUAAUGCAUUCCAUUUUCCAUUUGCAAUUCGGUCAAUCAUUAUCGAAGGAGUUUUUAUGAGAGCUAUAAAUUUUCUUUUAGGUACAUAUGCUUCAAAUUCGGGUUCUGCUACUUGUAUACCAUGUGAAAAAAAUACUUAUGCAUCAAAAGAAGGUUCCACUAAAUGUUUACCUUGUAAACAUGAUACUGAAUAUGCAGAUGAAGGAUCAUCAGUAUGUUUACCAAGACCAAAAUGUAAAUUACAACAUUAUCAACAAGUAUUCAUUGGAUGUGAUAAAUCUGAUACGGCAACAGUUAAAUAUGAACCUAUUCAACCAAAAGUGUGUGUAGAUGAUAUUUCUCUUCCAGAAGCCAAAUCGUUACCUUGUGGAACAUGCAAUCCUGGUAUGUAUAAGAACAAAGAUACUGGUCGUUGUGAAUUUUGUCCAGAAGAAACUUAUUCAAAUGGAACUUUAAAUGAAUGUCGUCAAUGUAAAAGUAAAUUAUCAGUAGUACCUGGUUUAUAUUAUAAAAAUUGGAAUGAACUACCAAUCUAUCUUAAUAGAAGUUAUAUGUCUUUUGAUGAAACUAAAAAUAUAAAACAAUUCGCUCGUGAUCGAAGUUGGAUUCCAAGUAUAGAUUAUAUAUCAUCUCAAGCACUUCCUGAUGCACUCUCUGUAUUGAACUUAAAUAUUGUCAAAGGUUUUCGUACAACAGAAUUAGCAAAAGUUACUAAAGAAUUUGGAACAUUAUUUUUUAAUUUUUCAAUUCAAUGUCAAUCAUCAUGUACAUUGUUUUUAGUUUCUCAGGAUAUUUAUAAUGAUAAUGAUGAUUGGGAAGUUAUUCAAAAAUGGAAUGUAAAGAAUCAAGUUGAUCAUAAAGAUAUAGUUAACUAUAAAUAUUCAAUUCAAUAUCGUGAUGAAGUUAUAUUUAGUUGGCUUUUUACAUCAGACGGUGCAAAUAAAGGUGUUGAUGAAGUUCGCAUUUAUCAAAUUCGUGUUACAAAUACAGUACUUGGAGGAUCUGAUCGAUGUGUUAGUUGUUUAACGACAAAUGAUCAAGAAACUGAUUGUCUAUCAUGUACUCCUGGUCGUAUUUUAUCAAAUAAUACAUGCAUUCCUUGUGUAGCAUCUACAAUAGCUAGUCGCAAGCGACCAAAUGAUCUUGUUCCGACAAUAUGCAAACAAUGCACAAAUAAUACAAUAGCAGAUGGUGGUAUUUCAUGUUAUGUACCAUGUAAACAAGCAUUCGAUGGAAAUAUUCAAUAUGAUUUAAGCGAAAUAUCAACAAUUGAAUUUCAUGGCUCAAAAUUAUUUACACAAAAAGGUAGUGGUUAUUUUCAUUUAUUUAAUGCAAGCAUCUGUGGUAAAACAAGUGUUACUUGUAGAAAAACAUUAACACCAGAUGAAUUAAAACGUUCAAAAAAACAAACAAUAAUUGAGUCUCAAUUAUGUCGUAUGGGUACUGUACCCGAUAAAGAUGAUGAUGCAAUAUCCAUAGCCUAUGUCGAUGAUUUCGGCGAAGAUUUAUUAAAUGUUUCAUUAUCGACAUCAAAAUAUUUUCCACCUCUUCGUUCUGAUUAUAAUUUACCUGACAUAACACUUGUUUAUCGAGCCAAUGCAUCAACUAGUCAAUCAAGUUGUUCUGAACGUAUUACAUAUUUAUCAUUACGUUGUGAUCAUCUAUUAGAUGAUGAAAAACAAAAUUCAUCAAUAAAAUAUAAAUUACAAACUCCAAAUGAUUGUGUAACCGGUACUUGUGAUGGAUGCAUAUUUUCAUUUCUUUUACGAACACCUUUUGCUUGUCCAAUAUGUGGUGAUGAUACAAAUGGUUAUCGAACAUUUCUUGGUCCAUGUAAAUUUGGUCGACAAGAAGUUCGAAAAAUACCUUAUCCAUAUUGUUUACAUAAUUUAAGUGAAACAAUUGAAACUCGUCGAUGUUCUAUUUUAUCACUGGAAUUACAAAUAAUUUUUGGUUUAUUUAUUAUAAUUGCAGGUAUUCUAGUAUCAGUCGUUAUUAUGUGUUGGAGAAAAAAUCGAAAACUUGAAUAUCGUUAUAUGCAAUUAAUUGAAAAUACGAAUCCCGAUGAUGAUACACCAGUUGAUAAUAUGUGUGCACAAAUUAGUGAUGAAGAAGAUUCAGAUAAUGAAGUACAAUUUAAAACACAAUCAAGAGCAAAAAAAAUUAUGAAUGUUGUUCGAAAAGCUAUACGAAAAAAUUCUAAUAAUGGACGCUCUGAAUCAUUAGGUCGUGACAGUUUUUUAUUGACAAGUACAUCAACAAAUGAGGCUUAA